UGUCUAUUUUGCUUUCACACCGUUGGAAGGUGUUCAAAUCGAUUGAACCCGAUUCUUUUUCUUUUUGACGCUCUAGGGCAGAAAUUUUGGUGAGUUUGCUGUUAGCUGUGGGCUUUGUACUAGGGAAAUGAUUUCCAACGCCACAAAUGGAAGUUCUUGCCCGCUACCAAUGAAAGCCACUUCAAAUGGCGGAUUUCAAGGAGAUAACCCUCUUGAUUAUGCCCUUCCUCUGGCUAUACUUCAGAUAUGUCUUGUCGUUCUAGUCACAAGGGGACUGGCAUAUCUUAUAAGGCCUUUAAGGCAGCCUCGUGUGAUUGCAGAGAUUGUGGGAGGAAUAUUGCUUGGACCGUCAGCAUUGGGACGGAGUAAAAGCUAUCUGCAUGCAGUUUUCCCGACCAGAAGUCUCACAGUAUUGGAUACUCUAGCAAACAUUGGGCUUAUGUUUUUCCUUUUCCUAGCAGGACUAGAAUUAGAUCCUAAAUCUCUGCGUGAAACUGGAAAGCAAGCCCUUGGCAUUGCGAUUGCUGGAAUAUGCCUUCCUUUUGCGUUAGGAAUUGGUACAUCUUAUGUUCUCCAAGAAACAGUAGCUAAAGGUGUGGAUAGCAUGGCAUUUCUUGUAUUUAUGGGUGUGGCCCUCUCCAUCACUGCUUUUCCUGUAUUAGCCCGUAUUCUGGCUGAGUUGAAACUCCUAACCACCAAUGUUGGCAGAAUGGCUAUGUCAGCUGCUGCAGUUAAUGAUGUGGCUGCAUGGAUUCUGCUUGCUCUGGCUAUUGCACUAUCAGGCAAGAGUCAAUCUUCACUUGUGCCAGUGUGGGUCUUCUUAUGUGGGUUUGGUUUUGUCAUUUGUUCAAUGAUCAUUAUGCCUCCAAUCUUCAGAUGGAUGGCCAAACAAUGCCCUGAGGGUGAGCCAGUGGAAGAGAUAUACAUAUGUGCUACAUUAGCCAUUGUUCUGGCUGCAGGUUUUGCUACAGAUGCCAUUGGAAUCCAUGCCAUGUUUGGUGCUUUUGUCGUUGGAGUUUUGAUUCCAAAAGAUAGACCAUUCGCCAGUGCUCUUGUGGAGAAAGUAGAGGAUCUAGUAUCAGGUCUUCUUCUGCCAUUAUACUUUGUGUCAAGCGGAUUGAAGACUAACAUAGCCACCAUUCAGGGGCUGCAAUCUUGGGGUCUUCUGGUUUUAGUCAUAAUUACUACUGCUUGUUUUGGGAAGAUUGUUGGGACUGUUGCAGUGUCUCGUCUCUGUAAGAUACCAUGGAAUGAAGCUCUGGUGAUGGGAUUCUUAAUGAAUAGUAAGGGCUUGGUUGAAUUAAUUGUCCUCAACAUUGGCAAAGAUAGGAAGGUCUUGAAUGAUCAGACCUUUGCGAUUAUGGUUCUUAUGGCACUCUUUACCACCUUCAUCACAACCCCUAUUGUGAUUUCUUUGUAUAAGCCAGCAAGGAAGGCAAAAAUGGCUGAUUACAAGUACAGAACAAUUGAGAGAAAAAAUCCUAACAGCCAGCUCAGGGUUCUUUCCUGUUUCUUUGGUGCGAGAAGUAUUCCAUCAAUGAUAAAUCUGAUUGAGUCUUCAAGAGGAAUCCAGAAACGUGAUGCACUUUUUGUCUAUGCAAUGCACCUUAAAGAAUUUUCUGAAAGGUCAUCGUCCAUAUUAAUGGUACAUAAAGCGAGAAAAAAUGGGUUGCCCUUCUGGAACAAGGCACAUCAUGCUGAUUCUGAUCAAGUUGUUGUGGCGUUUGAAGCAUAUCAGCAGCUAAGCCAAGUGUCUGUCCGGCCAAUGAUUGCAAUCUCAUCGAUGGCUGACAUGCACGAAGACAUUUGUGCAACUGCUGAGAGAAAGAGAGCUGCAGUCAUUAUUCUUCCAUUCCAUAAACAUCAAAGAUUUGAUGGUUCACUGGAGACCACACGCAAUGAUUUCAGAUGGGUUAACAAAAGAGUAUUGGAUAAUGCUCCAUGCUCAGUUGGAAUUCUGGUUGAUCGUGGGCUUGGUGGUGCAUACCAUGUCCCUGCAAGUAAUGUCUCUUACUGUAUCACGGUACUUUUCUUUGGUGGUGGUGAUGACCGUGAAGCCCUUGCUUAUGGAUGCCGUAUGGCUGAGCACCCUGGCAUAAGAUUAGUGGUAGUACGAUUUGUUUCAGAACCAAACCUUGAAGGAGAGAUUGUUAGAGUUGAUGUGGACCACUCUGGCACCAAACUAGUCCCGGAAGAUGAGGAAUUCCUGAAUGAAUUAAAGCAGAAAAAAACCGAUGAUGGCUCAAUCAACUACGCAGAGAAAAUCGUUAAAAGUGAAGAAGAAACAGUUGCUACUAUUCGUGAGUUCAAUUGCUGCAAUCUGUUUCUUGUGGGUGCAAGGCCAAAUAGCGAGGUAGCAUUUGCUUUGCAAAGAAGUGAAUGCCCAGAACUUGGUCCUGUUGGUGGGUUAUUGGCAUCCCAAGAUUUUCAUACCACAGCUUCAGUUUUGGUGAUGCAACAGUAUUGCGAUGGACUGCAAAAUAAUUCCAACUCAGAAAUGGAGCCACAGCUUCCUUCUGCUGGCUCAGAAUCUACUUGAAGGUCUCUCUUUAAACUAAUUUGUUAUAUGAUACAGUUGGACAAGGUCGAGCUACAGAGGUUAGCUCACUUAUCUAGCUGUAUUUUUGCAUAACCUGUUCCAUGAAAAUAUGAAUCAGUGUUCUAUUUGAAAUGAAUUUCAGUUCAAAGGGGGAAAUGGAAUUUCGGUUUAGCCGUUGGAAUUUCAUACAACUAUUGAACUGAGGACUUAUUGCCAAACGUUCCCCUUACCCAUUUGGUAAAGCGUUGGUGGCAACAAAACGUCAAAACCAUCGUUUUUUUUUAUUUUGGCCUUUUGUGGACAACAUUAUUGCAGUUGCAAUUCAAAACAGGGAUAGGAUCAGCCAGAAGAAAUUCAAAUUCUUGCUUGUAAUUUCUGAUUGAUUGUUUUCAACUCAGUUACAAUUAGUUAUUUGGUGCCUUGACAUAUUGGAGUUGUUUAUAAGCUUUAGGCUCCUUUUGGUCUCAACUAUGGAAAAGGAUUCCUUCAUGCACUGAAUGAAAAUUAAGAUA